AAUAGGCGUGUAAAAAUGAAAUGAAAUUUAUUAGAUUGGCAAUAAAAUGUUAUCACAAAAAAUAAGUUGAGGUUUAAUGUUCUGUUCAGUAAUGAAAAAAUAAUGAAUAAGUUAAAUUUAUUUGAUCUUUGUUAGUUUGGUUGUCGGUUGGAUUUCUUUUGGCAGAAAAAAAAUUAUUAUAGAGAUAUGAAAUAUUUUGUGAUAUUUUAUUUACUGUCAAUUUUUUUGUUUUCUACUGAAGGCGCACAAGGUGGUAAGCAAAAAUUACCGCCUAAACCAAAGGCAUCGAAUAAAAUCGACUUAUUAAUUUUAUCACAACACUGGCCACCAACCGCUUGUUUCAUAUGGAAAAAAAAAUCAAACAUAAGUGAUUGCUCUUUACCUGAUGGUCAAGAAUGGUCGAUCCACGGUCUGUGGCCAGUGGCCAAACGCAGCAAAGGCCCUACAUUCUGUAACAAGACUCUGGAAUUCGAUUCCGACAAAUUAUCCCCCAUACAAGCGGAACUAAAGACCAAGUGGACCAACGUUUACUCCGGAUCAAAACCUGAUUCUCUUUGGCAACACGAGUGGAGCAAACACGGAACAUGCGGUGUCGGGAUUCGUGAGAUAAAUGAUGAAUUUAAAUAUUUUAAAAAAUCACUCGAGUUAGCGGACACGUACAAUAUCAAGGGUUUGCUUUCAAAAACUCGAAUUACUCCCGGAAAAAAAUAUAAUGUACAGGCGUUUUUCAGUGUCAUCAAUAAAAAGCUGGGGAAGAAUGUUUCUGUUACUUGUGCUUACAAUGCAAAAACUCAAGAAUUUUAUUUAUCAGAAAUAAAAAUUUGUUUUAAUAGAAAAUUUAAAUUAAUAAACUGUAAUGACAUAUUUAAUUAUCCAACAAAUUGCCCGCGUAAAAAACCCAUUGUUUAUUUAAUGAAUAAAAAAAAUGAGGAAUAAAAAAUUUAUAAAAAUUUUUUUUUUGUUGUUCUUCAAAAAUUUUUUAAGCUUCAAAAUUAAAUGUAAAGAAAUAAAACGGAGUUGAGAAUUGACGGAAAGUAAACAGAACAGUUUUACCAGGUGAGAUUCAGGUAAAAAAGUUAAGAAUACGGAAUUCCAUCUCUACAAAUACAAGAUAAGUGUCUAGUGGAGUAGGGAGUUAUUGCACUUAUUGUACUUAUUGUACACGUGAAAGCGAGGCCGUUAUAGUUUAACAAAUAGAAGUAGAGGGGAUUGUACUCCAUUACAAGUUUAUCCUGAUGCUGGCUACAAAGCAUUUGGAUCUAAGCUACUGCACAUCUAGUUUUAUUGUUACAUUUUAUUUUUUUUUAAAUAAAUAAAUUAUGAAAACUAUAUUUGUUUUUAUUUUUUUGAGUAUUUUACUAAUUACUGAUGGACGAGUUUGGAGGCGAAAAAAUCAACCAAGAUUACAAAAACUCAUUGGACCAAAUGACUUUGAUCUAUUAAUAUUCACUCAGCACUGGCCUGAGACUGUUUGUUACACAUGGAAAGAAAACUCUAUGAAUCAUACAUGCAAUUUACCACGUGACGAAGAGUGGACGAUUCACGGAAUCUGGCCGACGCAGUUCCACAAAGUGGGCCCAGCGUAUUGCAACACGUCAAUGCAUUUUGAUUUACAAAAAUUGGCGCCAAUUCAAAACGAUCUUGAAACUAAAUGGAUCGACGUUGAAAAUGGAACUGAACCCUACUCAUUCUGGAAACACGAGUGGGAAAAACACGGGACCUGUGCUGUAGUGAUUCCCGAAAUGAACGAUGAGAUGAAAUAUUUUAAGAAGGGUCUCGAGUUGUUGGAUCAAUAUGACAUGAAACAUGUCCUGGCUAAAGCGAAUAUUUUACCAGGGCAAGAGUAUUUAGUGAAAGAUAUUUUGAAUGGAGUCGCUAAAGUUUUGGGGAAACAUUGCCAGGUUGAAUGCGUUACUAAUUCUAAAACUCAAGAGAGAUAUUUAUUUGAAAUACGAAUUUGUAUGGACAAGAAAUUUAAUCUUGUUGAUUGUGAUAAUAUUGCCGAUUACCCAACAAACUGUGCUCGGAAAAAAAAAGUUAUUUAUCCAGGAACAGUGCCGGCUUUGUAUAGUGCCAUUAUAGUUUAGUAAUUAAUUUAAUAGCAGAAAUUUUCAUAAUUAUUUAUAAUUUAAUUGAACCCUUAAAGGUCACGUGGAGUCCACGAGACCCUAGACAAUUUUAAACUCAAAAUAUCUCAGGAACCAUCAAGUUGUUUGAAAAAUUAAAAGACACCUUUUUUGUAGAGAAUUUGAAGCUCUACAAAAAAGGUGUCUUACGUUUUUUUUAAAAACUCAAUAUUUUCAAAGAUAUUUAUAAAAAAUCAAUAACUUUUGAUUUUUUAAUUUCUGAGGUAAAAUUUUGAUUUUUUUUUUUUUUUAAUAAUUAAACUUUUUUUAAAUUUAAAAUUUUUGAUCGAUUCUGUCAAAGUGAAUUUAGUUUCAAAUAAUUUGGAACAAAAUUUAGUUCAAAAUUUGGAAAAUCUAUCAAAGUUUUACAUAUUUUUAAUUUUUAUACAAAAAGAAGUUUUCUAUUUUUAUUUAAAUUUGAAUUUAUGAUAAAAAUGAAUAUUGACUUUUUGAAAAAAGUUUAAAUACUGAGCAUUGCGGGUUAAAAUUUUACUAAAUUAAUUUGCUCAAUAAAUAACUGGGGUAAAAAUCAUAGAAAAAUUAUAAAUUUUGAAAAAAAUCGACGGCUGUUAUUUUUUAUUAAAAUGAAUUAUAUACUUUUUAAAAGUCCAUAUUUAUGAAUUUAUACAAUUUAACGGACUAUCGACUGAUUAAAUCUUAUCUCAAUCGAGCCCCAGUUAUUUCAAUUGCAAUCAUGGUUUAAAAACUAAUUCAUUUUCGACGCAUUUUUGUGUGAUAAAAUUUUCAAGUGUAAAAAUUCAUGUCAGAAAUACUUGACAUUAAUUUCGACUGCCCAUUGUAUGAAAUCAAUUUUUGAUAAGAGAAAAAUCCUGAUAAAAAUUAUGACUUUGAAUUGGACUGUGAUGGGAUAAAAAAUUUUUAUUCACAUGAAUAAGGAUCAGGAAUUCAAAUUGUAAAUUUUUUUUUGAAAAAAUUAUUUUUUGUAGUUAAUUAAAUAAAUAGAUAUUUAAGUUCAUUAAAUUUCACGCAAAAUGAAAUUCAAUUUGAACUCGCAAAAUCUCAAAAAAAAUUAUGUUUCCAUUAAUUUUUGAGACUUUGUUUGCAUUAAAAAAAAAAUCAUGUAAAAUAAAAUUUCAAGCCUGAGAUUAAAAAAAAAAUUUUUGUAUACAGUCGACUAUUCAUCAUAAGCCUGGUGUCCACUCAAAAUAUCACAAAAAAAAUUUCCCAUACAAAAAUUACUAAAUACAAAAAAAAACCAUAAAAAUAAAAACUAUU